AACCAAACCACGAUUAUCUAAUUAGAACAAUACAAACAAUAGAUUAAAGUAGAAUUUAAAAAGGAAUUGAGUUAAACAUAAAACAUACGCGGCGCAUGAGCCCGUGGAGACUGGAUCCCUCUUUCUCUGUUUCUCAACAUCUCACUUUCAGGAAAACAAGUCGUCGAUCGUCGUAAUUAAGCUGCUAAUCUUGUCUGUCUAGACAAAUAUAUAUAUAUAUAUAUAUCAUGGCUGCCGCUGCUGUACAUCUUUCUACUAUCCUACCAAGAGUUCUCAUCGUCUCUCGGCGCACUGUUCGUAAGAACAAAUUCGUCGAUUUCGUCGGUGAAUACCACUUGGAUCUAAUAGUGAAAUAUGGGGCAGUACCCAUUAUUGUGCCCCGGGUCUCAGGCAUCCAUAAGCUCAUACACAGCUUUGAGCCCAUCCACGGUGUUCUCUUGUGUGAAGGCGAGGACAUUGAUCCUUCCCUCUAUGACUCCGACUUCAACUCCGGUGAUCUUUCGCAUGAAGAUCUCGAGGAAAUCCGGCGUGCACACGCCAGCGACACUGCCAUUGACAAGGAAAAGGACUCAAUUGAACUAAGCCUUGCCAAGCUUUGCCUUGACCGUCACAUCCCUUACCUUGGCAUUUGUCGUGGAUCUCAGGUGCUUAAUGUAGCGUGUGGUGGAACCCUCUAUCAAGACGUGGAGAAGGAGCUCGAGAGGAAGAUACCUGAAGACCAAAGAGUGGGUCACGUUAACUAUGACAACUAUGAUGAUCAUAGGCAUGUAGUUAGGGUUCUAGAAUGUACACCUUUACAUAAUUGGUUUAAGGAAACUUUGGUAACACAAGAGAAUUCGGAGAUCCUUGUGAAUAGCUACCAUCAUCAAGGGGUCAAGCGAUUAGCCCAACGCUUUGUACCCAUGGCAUUCUCCCCAGACGGGUUGAUCGAGGGAUUUUAUGACCCGAAUACCUAUGACCCGGAGGAGGGAAAGUUCAUCAUGGGCCUUCAGUUUCAUCCGGAACGAAUGAGGCCAUCGGACUCUAACGACUUUGAUUAUCCAGGUUGCCCCUGUGUUUAUCAGGAGUUUGUAAAGGCAGCGAUUGCAUAUCAAAAAAGGAUUAGUAACAAUUCAAUAAAUGUACCUGAGUUGCUAAAGUUGGACCAUAAAUUGGAGAGGAAGAGGAGAUUUAUCGUAAAGAGUUUUUCACUAGCCAAACAUGUUUAUUCUACCAGAAAUGGAAUCAAACCAUCCAAAGAAUUUGAGCUUGAUGUUGGAGCAGAUUUUCUUGAGUCUAACACAGUGGUGAGUCAGCAGCAAGAAACAAGGCUAGCGAGGAAAAUCAUGGAGAAAAUGUCGGUAGAGCAGCUCACUGAUCUCGUGACUUUCUACAAAACCAUGGGCCAGGCCUGUUCCGAUGUGUUGGACAGAAAACUAUAUGACAUUAUAAACGUUGAAUUGGGCCCCUGAUAAUUUAUUAUAGAUUUGGGCCCACCUUUAAAUUUGUAGGCUCUCUCAUGCAAAAAACACUUGGGAGUUUGUAGCUAUUUUGUCAAUGCAUGCAUGAUUCAUUGUUUUGCAUGAUACAUCUCAAGUCAUGAAGAGAAAUUUGAUGUUUGUAGAUACAUUAUUAUUGUCCCCUUUUUAUUUGUAGGGUUUGUGACAUGUGUAAGAGCUUGAUUGUAUUUGAUUUGCAGCUAAUAUUUUUCAAGGAAAAUCUGUGGAAAAUUUUGUUA